CCUUUUGCCUUUUUGUAGGCCGUCAUUGUAAAUAAGAAUGUGUUCUUUAACUGACUUGCCUAGUUAAAUAAAGAUAAAAAAUAAAAUACAAAAUACAAAAUAGCGCCGUCUGCUGGCCAUGAUAUGAUGUGCAUGCACCCAGCUGUUGAUCAACUUGAUGAUGAAUGUGCCUUCGAAUCCUGAGUAAAAUGUCUCGUGACAUUCUAACGUCCCCUGGAAACGGAACGGUCUAGCCAUUUAGCUAGCUAACAAAAUGUACGUUACUAUUUCUGUUUCAAACUAGCUAACGUUAUGCUUUUACAUAUGCUUUUGAAUCCAACAUAGGCCUAGCUAGAUUAUAUAAAAUAAAGUGUUACAAAGUAACAGUGACAAGCGCACAGGCUACAAGAUUUACCGACAAGAACACUGCAGCACAGAUGAGUAAUUGUGACUAUUUGUAACCAACCAAAGACCAUGCCAAUAGUGUAUUGCUGUGUGGAAAGAAGCAACAUCAUCCUUGCUGAUCUUGCGCUCAGAGGUGGAAGGUUUCAGGAGGCAGCAUUGAGUUUUCUGAGACCGCUUCCGUUUGGAGCUCUCUAUCGAAGGUCCAUACAAUUGGAUGGGUUCAGAUACCACAUCCUGUCAGAGGAUGGUGUGUCCUACGUCUGUGUGACAGAGCUCAGCUACGAGUCCAGGAGGGCCCAUGAAUUCCUUAACCAGAUCUGCAGUUUCUUUGCUAACAGCCCCCUGAUAAAGAAAGCAGCCUUUGCCCAGCCAUAUGAAUUCAGCUCUGACCUGCAUCAGGUGCUUGGACAGCUGAUGGCUGACUACAGUUCUCAACAGCCAGCCUCCUCUAAGCUGGAAUCGGUGCAGGGCCAAGUCAACGAAGUCAAAGUUAUACUCAAAGACAACAUUAACAAAGUGCUGGAGAGGGGAGAGAGGUUAGAUGACUUGGUUGACAAGACACAUGACCUACAAGCAACCGCAGACUCCUUUCAGAGGACAUCCACGCGGGUAGCCCGGAAGUACUGGUGGAAGAACACCAAGAUGAUGAUCAUCAUUGGAGUGAUAGUUCUGAUCAUUCUCAUCCUCAUCAUCCUGUUUGCUACAGGUGUCAUCCCCAGUUAAAUCACUUCACAGACUCCUACAGUACUACAAUAUCAACACGAGGAAAAGGACGAACCACAAUCACCGAGUCAUUUUUUACAUUUUAUUUUAGUCUCCUCCAAGGCGGAUUCAAGGUGGAUUGUGCAUAGUAACGUGACAAAAUAUCAUUUCACAUUACGACUUCUGUAAAUAAGCUUCCUGGAAUUUGUUUGGUUGUUUUUGGAUUAUAUGGAUCUGUUCAUUUGAUAUUUAAUAAGAUACAUUUCAUAAUGUU